GUGGAUUUCUCUGACGACUUUAUUCUGUGACAGCACGGGAAAACAUGGCGUCGUUUGCGGGAGAUCGCUGGAGGGAAGCGCUGAAGAACCACGAUGUUUUCAGUAAAUUACAAGAGAGGCUUAAUUUAGAGCCUCAGGGGACAAGCAAAAGAAUAGCCAAGAACCUUACGUUUUGUCUGAACGGUGACCUAUUCAUAUGGGACAGUGUUGAGAGUGUGUUUUACACCACAAACCUGCGACAGCUGAACACCGACAGCGACACAGACACUUCUAAAUACCAGACUCUGCUGUGCAUCAACCCGCCGCUGUUUGAGGUGUGUCAGGUGCUCGUCAGCCCCGCGCAGUAUCACGUGGCUCUCAUCGGUCAGCGGGGAGCGACUAUACUGGAGCUGCCUCAGCGCUGGGGCAAGAGGUCAGAGUUCGAGGGUGGCCGCGUCCAGAUCAACUGCAAGACGAUUCCUGUGGCUGAACGUUUCUUCACUAGUUCUCCCUCUGUGACUCUCCGACAGGCUGCCUGGUAUCCCAGCGAAACUGAGGAGCCUCAUCUGGUUUUUCUGACCUCAGAUAACACCAUCAGACUUUACAAUCUUAAGGAGCCACAGUCCCCUGCCAAAGUUUUAUCUGUGUCUCAGGUAGACGAGGAAAGCAUUGUUCAUACAAGAGGACGCUCCUAUGCAGCAUCUCUGGGGGAGACGGCUGUGGCGUUUGACUUCGGACCACUGGCGGAUUCUCCUCAUCUGAGCGGUCUGCGUAUAAAGGCAGAGCUGCUGGUGUAUCCACUGUACAUUCUGUAUGGGAAUGGAGAGACGUUUCUGAGCUAUAUUUCUCUCACACACCGUGUCAGUAAUUUAGGGAAGACGAUGGGCCCAUUACCCAUGUACCCCGCAGCAGAAGAUAACUAUGGCUAUGACGCGUGUGCUGUGCUCUGCCUGCCUUGUGUGCCAAACAUCCUGGUUAUUGCCACUGAAUCAGGAAUGCUGUACCACUGUGUGGUGCUGGAGGCAGAGGAAGAGGAGGAUGGCGGAGCUGUAGAGAGAUGGUCCAGAGGCUCAGAGACGGUGCCUUCGCUUUAUGUGUUUGAGUGUGUGGAGCUGGAACUGACACUCAAACUGGCUGCUGGGGAGGAGGAAGAGGAGAUUACAGAGUCAGAUUUCACCUGUCCAAUCAGAUUACACCGAGACCCUCUGUGUCAGCACAGGUACCACUGCACACAUGAGGCCGGUGUACACAGUGUAGGACUCAUCUGGUUCAAAAAACUUCACAAGUUUCUGGAGUCUGAUGAGGAGGAUAAAGACAGUCUGCAGGAGCUGGCAGCAGAGCAGCGCUGCAUAGUGGAGCACAUCCUGUGCACCAGACCUCUCGCUAACAGUUUGCCGGCUCCUGUUCGUGGGUUUUGGAUAGUGUCAGACCUGUCCCUGGGAGCCACCAUGAUCUGCAUCACGAGUACCUACGAGUGUCUCCUGCUCCCUCUGCUAAGCUCUAUUCGUCCACCGUCCCCUCCAUUGCUCUGCUCUCAUCCGGGGGCGGGGUCAGGAAGCUCUCCUCUGCGUGGAUUGGCUGAAGACUCCUUUGAACAGCAUAUUCGCAACAUCCUGGCACGCAGCUCAACCAAUCCAUUAAUGCUGAGGGCGGGUGAUAAGGACUCGUCUCCUCCUCCUCCAGAAUGUCUGCAGCUGUUGAGCAGAGCCACACAAGUGUUCAGAGAGGAGUACAUCCUCAAACUAGGCCUGGCUCAUGAAGAAAUGCAGAGAAGAGUAAAGCUCCUGACCAGCCAGAAGAAUAAGCAGCUGGAGGAUCUUGCUCUUUGUAGAGAAGAGAGAAAAAACCUGAGGGAGGCUGCGGAGCGGCUGGCUGAUAAAUAUGAAGAUGCCAAGUAUCAUCAGGAAGCCAUCAUGAACAGAGUAAAACAGGUUUUGGGAAGUCUGCGGAGUCAACUUCCUGUGCUGUCAGACAGUGAGAAGGACAUGAGAAAGGAACUGCAAACCAUCCACGAUCAGCUCCGUCACCUUGACAACGGCAUUAAACAGGUGAACAUGAAGAAGGAAUAUCAGAAGAAGCAGAUGAAUACAGGAGCAUCUCCGGCUCGCUCCAGUCUCACACUCAAUGCCCACCAGAGGAAGUGUGUCCAGGGAGUGCUGAAAGAACAGGGAGAGCACAUCGCUGGCAUGAUGAAGCAGAUCAAGGACGUUAAGAACCAUUUCAGUUUCUGACCAUCAGCAAUCAACAGUCUUCAGAGGCUACAGAAGAGCCAAAUAGCAUCUUCGUAGAGCUCCUUUAAAGGACAGUACUUGACCCAAACCUCUCACAUUCAGAAGUUCUUGAAGAAGAAAAUUGCUGGGAUUUUGGUAUAAACUAGUUUGUCUAUUUUUUUUUUUUUUUAUAAGUAGUAUGUACAUGUACACAUCUCCUUGACAAUAAAGAGUUUUGUACAUUGAA